CGAAAGCGAAAUUCGAAUGCACCUCUCCAAAUGAAAUAAUCUCUCUCUCUCUCUCUCUCUCUCUCUCUAAAGCGAAAUUCCAAUGCACCUCCCCAAAUGAAAUAAUCUCUCUCUCUCUCUCUCUCAAUUUCAGCGAUGCAAUGGAAGCCCUGGUCGAGCUCUGCGACCUGAUCGCUCAAAACCCUUCCCUUUUCUCCGAAAAGCUCUCCUGGAUCUGCACUCGCUGUCCUCCUCCGUCCGCUGCGUCGCACCCCAACACCCUUCAGACGCGUCUGACCAGAUCCCACCUCAAUGCCAUCCUUGCGACUGCUAGGUUCCUGUCGAAAUGCUCCAACCAGCCUUCCGAUAAGACCCCAUCCCGAUCUCCUCAUUCCGCCAUCCUCGACUUCCUCCGCUCUGUCCAGUCCUCUUCCUUCCACCCCUCCUUCUGGCCUCCUUCCUUCCCCCUCGAUUCCAUCUCCUCCUUCUUCUCCGAUCUCUUCGGCUACGUUGCGGCUGCCGCUGAUCUCUCCCCUGAUUUUGCUGCUGCGGUCGGCACGCUCGUAACCGAGAUCAUUGUCACUACCGCGGCCCGCCAUGACGAUGACCCUGCAGGGAUUGCCAAGGCAUUCCUUGCGGCCCUUUCCAGGAACUGCCCCCCGAUACCGGCUUCUGACGCUGAUAGGCUUGUUGGGUGCCUCCUUGACCAGUUUGUCGCCGCGGGAGAGGCGUUGGUUUCGGUGCCAGUCAUGUCAAUGUCGUCCACCUCUGCGUCUGUGUCAGGGUUGGCUGUGCCGUCCUCGGAGACGUCGUCAUCAUCGUCACUGCAGGUCCAGACGAAUGGGGACUCGAGUCCGGUGAGCGAGGUGUCUGUAACGUCUUCGCCAAGUGCUGUGGUUGGGGCGUUGAGGGCCAAGGGGAAGGAGGAAUAUAGGGAGAGCAGCACCGAAGAUGAUGUUGGCAGCGGCAGUGCAGGCGCAAGAUCUAGUGCUGGAAAUGGCAGCAUUGCUGGAAGGAGCAGCCUUGAUCAGUUUGGUGGGGUUGGUGAUGGGGCGGCAGCAAUGAGGCAGAAUGUUGCUGCAUUUGAAGAGGAAUUGAUUGAGGGUUUGGAGAAGCAAGAGAUUGCAUUUAGGCUGUUUGCACAUGUUCUGGAUAAAGUCCCAGUCAAGGCUGGGCAUCUGGAGCAGGUCAGGAUGGUAGCAGCUAAGCAGCUCAAAUCUUUGCCGGCUUUUCUCAAAAUACGGAAACGUGAUUGGACAGAACAGGGUGCUUCACUGAAAGCAAGAAUCAAUACAAAGUUGUCUGCCUGUGAAGCAGCAACAUUUGUGCAAAUUAAAAGUCUUCUCUCUGUUGAUUCUGAUGCAAAAACCUCAAAGAUGUUGUUGCGUGGAACGCUUGCCUUGCUUUUAGAUGCUGCAGAAGCUUGUAUUCUUUCUUCCUGGCGAAAGUUAAGGAUCUGUGAAGAGCUCUUCAGUUCAUUGCUUAAUGGAAUUGCACAGGUUGCUGUCACUCGUGGGGGUCAAUUGUUACGAGUCUUGCUUAUACGCCUUAAACCCCUGGUUCUAACCACAUGUGCUCAGGCUGAUACUUGGGGCAACAACCAGGGAGCCAUGUUUGAAAGUGUCACAAAGACGAGUUGUGAAAUAAUUGAAUUUGGUUGGAGCAAAGACAGGGCUCCUGUGGAUACUUUUAUCAUGGGAUUAGCUGCAAGCAUUCGUGAACGAAAUGAUUAUGGGGAUCAGGAUGUGAAAGAGAAACAGGGCAUCCCCGUGAUGCAGCUUAAUGUUAUACGCUUGCUGGCUGACUUGAGUGUUUCUGUUAGCAAGAUGGAAGUGAUAGACAUGAUAUUGCCUCUAUUUAUUGAAAGUUUAGAAGAAGGAGAUGCUUCAUCUCCUAGUUUAUUGCGUCUGCGUCUACUUGAUGCGGUAUCUCGCAUGGCUAGUUUGGGUUUUGAAAAGUCAUAUCGCGAGACAGUUGUUUUGAUGACAAGAAGCUAUUUGGACAAACUUUCAACUGUAGGUUCUGCAGAAAGCAAAACAUUGGCUCCAGAAGCCACUACUGAACGCACGGAGACCCUUCCUGCAGGAUUUCUUUUGGUUGCUUCUGGACUUAGCAGCCCUAAAUUGAGGUCAGACUAUCGUCAUAGGCUGCUAUCUUUGUGCUCUGAUGUUGGGCUAGCUGCAGAGUCAAAGAGUGGGAGGAGUGGUGCAGAUUUUUUGGGUCCUCUACUUCCUGCUGUUGCAGAAAUAUGUUCCGAUUUUGAUCCGACCUCAGAUGUGGAACCUUCACUUUUGAAGUUGUUUCGCAACCUGUGGUUUUAUGUUGUUUUGUUUGGACUGGCACCUCCCAUUCAGAAAAAUCAGCUGCAGCCAAAAUCAGUCUCCACUACAUUAAAUAGUUUGGGAAGCAUGAGUACCAUGGCUCUUCAAGCUGUAGCUGGACCUUACAUGUGGAACAGUCAGUGGUCUAUGGCUGUUCAGCGUAUUUCUCAAGGAACUCCACCGCUUGUUGUUAGCUCAGUGAAAUGGCUAGAAGAUGAGUUGGAACUUAAUGCUCUUCACAAUCCGGGCAGUCGUCGAGGCAGUGGCAAUGAGAAAGCUGCUCUAGCUCAAAGAGCUGCUCUUUCUGCUGCUCUAGGUGGUCGAGUUGAGGUGGCAGCCAUGGGCACCAUUUCAGGUGUUAAGGCAACUUAUCUCCUUGCGGUGACUUUUUUGGAGAUUAUACGUUUUAGUUGCAAUGGUGGCAUCCUUAAUGGUGACUCUAGUUCAAUUCCAUCUAGAAGUGCCUUCAGUUGCGUAUUUGAAUAUCUUUUGACUCCAAAUCUACUGCCAGCUGUCUACCAGUGUUUGACAGCGAUUGUCCAUAGAGCCUUUGAAACAGCUGUGGCAUGGCUGGAAGAAAGAAUAUCUGAAAUUGGCAAUCAAGCUGAGAUAAGGGAAUCCAUUCUUUCUGCUCAUGCUUGCUUUUUUAUAAAAAGCAUGUCUCAAAGGGAGGAGCAUGUCCGUGACAUCUCUGUUAGUUUGUUGACUCAACUGAAAGAUAGAUUUCCGCAGGUUUUGUGGAAUUCAUCUUGUUUGAACACAUUGCUCUUUUCAGUUAUCAAUGAUUCUCCUUCUGCUCUUGUCAAUGAUCCUGCGUGGAUAGCCACAGUGCGUUCUUUGUAUCAGAAGAUUGUUCGGGAAUGGAUCAGUAAUGCCCUUUCAUAUGCUCCAUGCACUACGCAGGGUCUUCUUCAGGAGAACUUUUGUAAGCUAAACAGGUGGCAGACAGCACAGAAUAAAACAGAGGUUGUUUCUGUUUUAUCUGAGAUACGCCUUUCUACUGGGAAAAAUGAUUGUUGGACAGGCAUUCGAACAGCAAAUGUUCCUGCAGUUAUAGCGGCCGCUGUAGCAGCUUCAGGAACAAGCUUAAGGGUAACAGAAGUGUUUUUCCUGGAAGUGCUCUCCACUGGCAUGCUUAGUGCAGCUGAUAAGUCCAAUUGUGUAGGGGAAAUUGCUGGCAUGAGAAGGCUGUAUGAGAGCAUUGGUGGUUUCCAAGCAGGCAAUUCACCAUUUGGUUUUGGACUGGGUGCUGGCCUCCAAAGCUUGAAUGCUGGACCAUCUCCUCAGCAACCAAACCUUGAAAGCAAUUCUUUUGGUGAGAUUCUUCUUAUGAAAUUUGUCCGUCUCCUUCAACAAUUUGUUAACACAGCUGAGAAAGGUGGAGUGGUAGAUAAGUCAUCGUUUCGUGAAACCUGUUCCAAGGCAACUGCAUUACUUCUAUCAAAUCUGGAGUCGGAUUCCAAAUCAAAUCUGGAAGGCUCCUCACAGCUGUUACGCCUACUUUGCUGGUGUCCUGCUUACAUUUCAACACCAGAAGCAAUGGAGACUGGAGUAUUUAUAUGGACAUGGAUUGUUUCUGCAGCACCUCAGUUGGGGUCUCUCAUCCUUGCAGAGCUUGUCGAUGCAUGGCUGUGGACAAUAGAUACAAAACGUGGUUUAUUUGCAUAUGAAAUGAGACAUUCUGGGCCUGCUGCAAAAUUGAGGCCUCAACUUACACCUGGGGAGCCGGAUGCACCACCUGAAAAGGAUCCUGUUGAAGGAAUAAUUGCUCAUAGGUUAUGGCUUGGGUUUUUAAUUGAUCGUUUUGAGGUGGUUCGGCAUGAUAGUGUUGAACAAUUGUUGCUUCUGAGUCGGAUGCUACAAGGAACUAUGAAAUCUCCAUUUCAUUUUUCACACCAUCCUGCUGCUGCCGGUACCUUUUUCACUGUCAUGCUUCUUGGACUUAAGUUCUGCUCAUGCCAAUCUCAGAAUAAUUUGCAGAACUGUAGAACUGGGCUUCAUCUGCUAGAGGAUCGGGUCUAUCGAGCCUCGCUGGGUUGGUUUGCGCAUGAACCAGAAUGGUAUGACAACAAUGAUAAGACUUUUGCUCAAAGUGAGGCUCAGUCUGUUUCUGUAUUUGUCCAUCAUCUUAUGAAUGAACGAGUGGAUUCUUCUCAAUUGGAUCCAUCUGUGAAAGGUCGGGCACGCGAAAAUGGAGGUUCCGUGAGUAAUGUGAUGGAUCAGUAUCAUCCCAUCUGGGGCCGAAUGGAGAACUAUUCUGUAGGACGAGAAAAACGAAAACAAUUACUGUUGAUGCUAUGCCAGCAUGAGUCUGAUAGGCUUGAUGUGUGGGCACAACCUGAAAAUUCCAAGGAAAAUACAUCCUCUCGACCUAAAAUUAACUCAGAAAAGUGGAUCGAGUACGGCAGGACUGCAUUUUCUGUGGAUCCUCGGAUUGCUUUGUCCUUGUCGUCAAUUUUCCCAACAAUUUCUUCUUUGAGGGCUGAAGUAACUCAGCUAGUUCAACUGCACAUAUUAGAUCUCCGGACAGUACCUGAAGCAUUGCCUUUCUUUGUUACUCCAAAGGCAGUUGAUGAAAAUUCAGUAUUAUUGCAGCAAUUGCCACAUUGGGCCGCUUGUUCAAUUACACAGGCUCUUGAGUUCCUUACUCCUCCAUAUAAGGGCCAUCCUCGUGUCAUGGCUUAUGUUCUUAGAGUUUUGGAAUCAUAUCCUCCAGAGCGGGUUACAUUUUUUAUGCCGCAGCUUGUACAGGCUCUCCGAUAUGAUGAGGGGAAGUUAGUAGAAGGGUAUUUACUCGGAGCAGCUCAAAGAAGUAACAUAUUUGCUCAUAUUUUGAUAUGGCAUCUUCAGGGAGAGUCAUUUCCUACAGAACCAGGAAAGGAAGCAGGUGCCAUUAAGAAUGCCUCUUUCCAAGAACUGUUGCCUAUUCUUAGGCAAAGGAUAAUUGAUAGCUUCACUCCUGAGGCCCGGGACAUGUUUCAACGGGAGUUUAAUUUUUUUGACAAAGUCACAUCUAUUUCUGGUGUUCUCUUUCCACUACCAAAGGAACAGCGUCGUGCUGGUAUUCGGAGAGAACUGGAGAAAAUAGAAAUGGAAGGGGAUGAUCUUUAUCUACCUACUGCUACAAACAAGCUUGUACGUGGCAUUCGGGUGGAUAGUGGGAUUGCUCUACAGUCUGCUGCGAAAGUUCCAAUAAUGAUCACAUUUGAUGUAGUGGACAGGGAUGGAAAUCACAAUGAUGUAAAACCACAAGCCUGCAUCUUCAAGGUUGGUGAUGAUUGUCGACAAGAUGUCCUUGCUCUUCAAGUGAUUUCGCUCCUUAGAGACAUUUUUGAAGCAGUUGGACUUAAUCUCUAUGUUUUUCCAUAUGGUGUUCUCCCAACUGGUCCUGAGAGAGGCAUAAUUGAGGUUGUUCCUAAUACACGGAGCAGAAGCCAGAUGGGAGAAACCACAGAUGGUGGUUUGUAUGAAAUUUUUCAGCAGGACUUUGGUCCUGUUGGUUCUCCUAGUUUUGAGGCGGCCCGUGAUAACUUCAUCAUUAGCAGUGCUGGUUAUGCAGUUGCCAGCCUUUUGCUUCAACCGAAGGACCGGCACAACGGCAAUCUUCUUUUUGACAAUGUGGGAAGGCUUGUCCACAUUGAUUUCGGGUUCAUCUUAGAGACAUCACCCGGUGGCAACAUGCGCUUUGAAAGUGCCCAGUUUAAGCUGAGUCAUGAGAUGACUCAAUUGCUCGAUCCAUCUGGAGUGAUGAAAAGUGAUACCUGGUUCCAGUUUGUCAGCCUGUGUGUUAAGGGGUACCUUGCAGCCCGACGGUACAUGGAUGGCAUAAUCAGCACUGUGCUGUUGAUGGUUGACAGUGGCCUCCCAUGCUUCAGCAGAGGUGACCCCAUCGGUAAUCUUCGCAAGCGCUUCCAUCCUGAAAUGAGUGAGCGUGAGGCGGCCAUUUUCAUGAUGCGCACGUGCACAGAUGCCUACAACAAGUGGACCACUGCCGGCUAUGAUUUGAUACAGUAUUUGCAGCAGGGCAUUGAGAAGUGAUGGCCAACAAGUUCUGGAGGAAGCAUGUCCCAGGUCAUUGUAAAUCACGGUUGAUUGUAGUCAUACAGUAAUUUUAUUUAUCUUAACAUCUGUAGCCAUUGGUCUUUUGGAGGUUCCUAUGACGGUUAGAGCCUUCCUCUUGAGAUGUGUAGAGAUGCAUUGUAGCUCAUUUAAGCAAUGAAAAGAGUCAUGAUUGCGCAUCGAA